GGCGUGCAAAUCGCAAAAGCAAAUACAAAAAUGGAGGUACGUGAACCCCUAGUUUUCGUUGACAGCCAUGCUGCAUAUAUUAAAUAUCGUUCCACUUCCUAACCGAGCACUCUACCGGCGCCCCGGAUGUAUGUCGUGUCCGCAUUUUCGCCGCGUGGGUACAUCAUCUACUACAGAGGAUACACACAUAUCCUUGUCCUGCAUCUUCAGGGCCUGCCUUUAUGUCAUUCGGCAUUGCAGGACGGCGUAGAGAAGCCUCACCGUCCAAUUCUCUCAGCAAAGGUUGCUUCUCCUACCUAUCAAUUGCAUGCGGACAGGGGUAUCUACCGAACGCUACACUAUCGUGGUACUCCAUACUUUUUCUCUCCCUUCUAAAGAAACCCAACACGACCGGUUUACGUUAUCUACGGAUACCAGUCCCUGCUUGCCUGCUUGCCUGCUUGCCUGCUUGCUUGCUUGCCUGCUUUUCCCUGCGUCGUUCCCAAAAAGAAAACAUCUUGCAUACCGUGCUGUGUUGUAAUAGUGACGACUCUGCCUUGCCCGCAUAUUUUCGAGAAAAACCAAUUUCGAAACGAAAACGAGAAGAAAAAAGAACAGCUCCUGUUUCAGGUGUCUCGCUUGAAAGUGGCGUGUUCUUAACCUCGUCUAUGACGAUAUCUUGCCGAGCUCGUCUUACCAGUACAGACAGUCCCCUUGGGUCAUUCGGUUUUCCUUUUCUCGUUCCAGAUGCAGCUGGUGCGAUAGUCUUAAACAGGUAAACAACAAACAACGUCGAUGAAUGACAGGGCGUAAUAAUAUCCCUUCCCCCCCGCCCACCAAGGCAAAAACGCGCCCAUCACGCCUUCCCCAAAUAUCCAAUGUCUAAGCGAACGUGUCUCUGAAUCCCAGCACCGCCACCAGCCUCUUGUUUCGCGGAUCCCAUUUCGAUAAUGCCUGCAUAGAGUGGCGUGGUGACUUUGGUAUUCGGGCCUCGCCGCCCCUACAUAGUAGAGUCCAAUCACUGUGUUGCACCCUCAGUUUCACCGCUUUAAUUGGUUGCGGAAGGCGGCCGGGAUAGAGCGU